GGAAAUCAAAGUAUCCUUAAGGGAACCGUACUACAGUUGGACCUCUGAAAGGGGAGAAAUGUGUGUCCACAUCCACCUUCGCUUAUGUCCAUAUAUAGAGACGCUUCUCUUGUGCACAAGACAGUGUAAGUAAUAAAUGUCCAGAGUGCGACACCUUCUCAGUGACCCCCGGCUCCUUGGCUUGGCUGAAGGGCAGAAACGAACUGUGCCUGGCCCCUUUUGUUUAGGAGGGUGAGGGGUGGCGGCGAAGAGCCGUGUGCACGUGGAAAGCCGUGCCAGCCUCCUACUGAAAGCACGGAUUCACACUACUAAAAGAAGCUCGGAACGUUUUAUUUCCGGUAUUUUUCCUACUCGAUGGUACCGAAUUGUCUGAGAAUCAGGACUCUUUAGAACGGCACAGGUUUGGUCAAAGGACAAAGACGAUUUGCAAGUAAAAUGCCGGUAACUCUCGGGGUUUUUCUGCUUUACGGAGACUGAAAGGUCUCAUGUUUCUAGGAGAGAGACUUGGCUGAUCUACAUCCGAGGCAUUUGGGAGACCCUUUUUUUAUCCCCUCUCAGUGUUUUUUCACCCCAGAGACAGGUGUGCACAUUGUCCUGCACUGUAGUCACCACUAAGCCUUUUUGUAGAUACUUUUUACUGAUAUAUUUCAGUAAGUGUGACCUGAUAUAGGAAUGUCUGCUGUUAACUCCUGAACUGAGGAACGCGUCGAUUUUCACUGAUUAACUAAAGGUAAGUGCUUGCGUUAGCUAUGACCACCUUACAUUCUCACUUUAACUUCAGCUUCUUUAUAGAGGUGAAACAGGUUCGCUUUCUGUUUUUUGUCUUGUAUUUGUUCACAGCUGUUCAUAAGUCUGCCACUGUCUGGGAUCUUAGGGGCUGCAUUAAUUGAAUUGCCGCUGUAGCCAGAAAUUACAUUAGGCGAACUUUCAUGUACUUUGCUGUAUAGCUGUGCUUAACACUGUUAACGCUUUAGUUAAAGACAUCUUUACCUAAAACGAUCCUGGCUACUGCGUUGUAGGUGAUGUCCGAAGGAAUUAUAAACCAGAACGUUCUCAGCGCUGGUAUGUCAGCUUGGGCAUGGCACUGAGCAUUAGUAGCUUCAGAAGACUGUCAUUAAUAAAUUACUUCAGAAAGUAUUAGGUAAGGAAAUGGGAUCAAAUUUCGAUGAGUUUCUGGCGGUACUACAUCAGCAGGCAGUGUGAUUAAUGUAGUCUUAUGACUGCAGUAGGCUGGUUUAGAGAUUAUAUGUGAUUAACAGCAGAGUCGAGCUAAAUAUAGGUUAGUCUUUCAUUCGCACCUCACUGAGGUACAAUUUCUUUGAAAAUCAGUAAGAAUUAAAAUCAGCUUUAAAAGAAGGAUAACAGGAGAACAAGAAGCUAAUGAAAUUACUAAUUUUUUUGCAACCUUUUUGAGUACUUUUGAGUACUUUCUCAAGACGAACGUCAGGAGAAACAUCUGGCUGACGGGGGGAAGGAAUCUGAGAGCAGGGCUGAGUUACUGGCAGAAUCUUAUUGUGCCUGACAGACAAUCUCCGGUGGACGAUGCACAGCGACACGGUGGAGGAUGAGGACAAAACAACCAGUCGGCAGGUGCUCUUUGUGGCAGACCGCAGUCCCAAAGUUCCUCGCUGCUUCUCCCAGCUAAAGAUAUUUAUCGUGGCGCUGUCCUUCGUCUUCUUCUCCAAGGCGCUUGCGGGCACCUAUAUGAAGAGCGCCAUCACGCAGAUCGAGAGGCGCUUUGACCUCUCCAGCUCCCUCACUGGGCUCAUAGAUGGUGGAUUCGAGAUGGGUAACCUGCUGCUCCUGGCUGUUGUAAGUCAUUUUGGAGCCAGACUGCACCGACCCCGGCUGAUUGCAGCAGGCUGUACAAUCAUGGCGGUCGGCUCUGCAGUUUCCGCCCUCCCACACUUCUUCAUGGGAAGGUACAAAUAUGACACUAUUGCAGCAGCCUGGCUGAAUGAAAGUUUCAACAUAGUUCCCUGUCUGGAGCCCAAGCGAGAGACAAGCCAACUGGUCAACCACCUGACAACACCACCUGGGAAUGGAACUACAGAAACAGAACAAGACUGUAAGCGGGACACAGAUUCCUACAUGUGGCUGUACCUUUUCCUGGGGAACGCUUUAAGAGGGAUUGGAGAAACUCCUGUCACACCACUGGGAAUAUCUUACAUCGAUGACUUUGCGGAGAAGCCCGAGAACUCUGCCUUCUACAUAGGUAAGGUCAUCCCCAAAGCCCGGGAAAUCCCACCAAAUUUCUUACAUCAUAUGUCAGCUGGAGAAAGGGCUGCUCUUCUGAAAGGGUUUUCAACGCUCUCCACAGCCUGCCUGCAGUCUAUCGCACUCCUUGGUCCCAUGUUUGGUUUUUUGUUGGGGGCCCUGUGUGCCAAACUGUAUGUUGACGUUGGAUUUGUGAACGAAGACAGCGUGACCAUUGCCCCCAGUGACACUCGCUGGGUGGGCGCUUGGUGGCUGGGCUUUUUCAUCUCGGCGGCCAUCAUGUUCCUGGCCAGCCUUCCCUUCUGGUUCCUGCCCAAGUCCCUCCUCAAGGAUCCUACAGCUGUACCUCAGUCUGAGAUCGACCCCCCGAGUUCCCCUGCUGACGAAAUGACGGACAUCGCCAAGGGCGAUGAGCCCCUCACUAGCUCCAGGGGAAGACUUGAAGGAUUCUUUCCAUCGCUAAGGAGGCUUCUGUGCACCCCUGUUUACUUCCUGCUCCUGUGUGAGAGUAUCCUGAAAUUUAACUCCUACUCUGGACUGUUUGCAUUCAAAGCCAAGUACAUGGAACAGCAGUUUGGUCAGUCUGCAUUUCAGGCAAACUUCUUCAUAGGUGUGCUGAACAUUCCUGCGGUCGUUGUGGCGAUAUUCUUGGGCGGGGUGCUGAUGAAGCGACUGAAGCUGAACGUGGUAUCGGGAGCUCAGCUGUCUUUGGCCACGUCGUUCCUGGCCUACCUGCUGAUCAUCGCACAGUUUGGCAUCAACUGUGAGAAUCUGAAGGUGGCAGGAUUAACAGCCACCUACAAUGGAACACCGGGGGUCUUCCCUGACGGGACCAUGAUCCAGUCAUCAUGCAAUGAGGGCUGUUCCUGCCCCACCACAGACUGGGACCCAGUGUGUUCCGACAAUGGCAUCACCUAUAUGUCACCAUGCCUGGCCGGUUGCACCAGUUCCACGAGGACAGGGAAGAUUAUGAUGUUUCACAACUGCAGCUGUGUGGGUUCCUCCCCUCCUCCAUCGGGAAGCAUGUCCGUGUCCCUCGGUCAGUGUGCCCGGAGCGAGGUCUGCAGCAUCCGUUUCAUCGCAUACAUGACUGUGUCAGUCAUCUGCUCCUUCAUCGAUGCCCUGGGAACCACACCGGGCUACAUGGUCAUCAUAUGGUGCAUCAAGCCUGAGUUAAAAUCCCUGGCUCUAGGUAUCCAAACCCUUGUGACAAGAACUCUGGGGGGCAUCCCAGGUCCGGUAUAUUUUGGAGCUCUGAUUGACACCACUUGUUUGAAAUGGGGCGCCAGAAAGUGCCAGGGGACAGGAGCCUGUCGAAUAUACAACUCCGACAUGUACAGAGUGAUAUUUCUGGGCCUAAUAACGUGCUUGAAAGGCUCAUCCUACUUCUUUAACGUUGGCGUGAUUGUACUGCUGAGGAGGCAGAGGACUCGAGGGGGCCUGAACCAAGCUGAAGUGGAGCUCCAGCACACCCAGAGGACUUCAGAUGAGUGCUUAACCACUGAGGGACAAAACCAGCAGGGUGAUCCUCCACCAAGGCAAGACAGUGGGCGGGGUGAAGGGGACAGGAUCAUUGACCAGAUUAAUGGACGGUUCCAGGAAGUGAGUGACAAGGCCACCAAUCAGGACAGAGGGCAACUUCAGAAGGAAGCCGCCCAUUGACUAAGCAAGUGGGCAAAGACAGAAAUAACAGGAAAGGACUUGGCUAAAAGGCUAUAUCUGCAGAACGGUGAUGGGACCAGCAAGGCGGCUACGAAACAAUCUGAGCUGGCUGUUCUCCACAGCCAGAGUGAGGCCAGCUGAAUCCUUAGCAGAAAGAACAUUGAAUCCCUAUGAUUGAUGGCUACAAGACACAGUGCUGUAAUGUUAUGCAAAAUAGAAAGUUUAUGUUAGGGAUGUCAUAAUAGGUACGAUUCUGCCCAUUUCUGCAUAGCUUUUUAGAAGCACAACAUCAUUGUGUACUGAGGCGGGGUUCCUGUUAUUCUGGGUAAAUAUUGCAGUCUGUCAGUUGUGUAAUGAUUGGUAUUAAUUUGACAUAAGUAGGGUGGAUGAUGGUGGUAAUGUGUAAGCGAGUACGGGUGAUUAUACGGUACAUGCUGCCCCCGGCCAUCUGCUCGGCGGGAGUCCACAGCAGUUAAUCAGCCUCGUCCUGUGGGGCAGACGAGUGGCAGUCCCAUUAACUGGAUCAUUUCCGGGCCCUGUAUCCCCAAAGCCCCACUCCACAGACACCAGGACACCUCAUAGGCCUAAACUCAAAGGUCAAGCACUGGGCAACCAAUCACAGCUGUCCCUGAAGCUGUUGCCCUCUCAAUGUGAAUGCAGUUAAUUAAAAAUUGCUUCUUUUUUUAAAUCAGCUACCUGCCUCUAUUUGUAUUACAAUAAAUAUUGCGGAAAUUGU